UUUCCUUCCAAGUUCACAGCCAAAACUCACAACAAAACAUGACAAGCCUGUCGAGGUUCAGUAGCUGCCCUCUCUCUCGCGCCUACCCCGGGGAGAGCAAUACCGAGCCCAGCGUGGUGCUGCCACCUUUGGCAGGGGAGCGCAUGGGGCACCCCACUGGCGGUUCCUUAAAACUCUGCCCCUCGCACGAUUUACGAGAGUACCCCGAGGCGAGGUCCGGUGCAUAUGUUGACUGCUUGGUGGCCCAUCCUUCACACUCCGGAUGCGCCAGUCACCGGUUGCAGCGCGCUUCUAGGGGCAUGAUCGGUGGAGCCCACCUUUCUGGAGCAGCCAUGGCACCAGUCACUGACCAACUGGCACCAAGAGCCGCCCAACAUGGCGCCAUUGGAAGGUAUCGUGACCUCCCCAGCUUUAGGGAAGGCAGGAGCCACGCGUUUUUCGCAGCCUACCAGGAGCAGGCCCACGGCUCGUCCGACGCCACCCGAGACCUGGGCGGUCAGGUGAUGCUGGGUCUGCACGAGGACCUUCUGACCCGGGCGCACCCCUACGGCCAGGCUCUGAGCGGCCCAAGGGAUCACCACGGCCAACAGUUGGUCACCCAGUUCCUGGGUCUCUACAAACCCCUCAACAUGGCAGUGCACCGCGGCGGCGACGCGCUCUUCAGGUACUCCGCGCACCACCCGAGCCCGAAGCGCGAGCUGGCGUGCAGGUGGACGGGCGGCCGCGACGGGGCUGCGAAGGGCACCUGCGCCAGGACCUUCGGGACCAUGUAUGAGCUGGUCACGCACGUCACCGUGGAGCACGUCGGAGGAGCCGAGCAGUCCGAGUACGUGUGCCACUGGGAGGGCUGCUCGAGGGCAGGGAAGCCCUUCAAAGCCAAGUACAAACUGGUGAACCACGUCAGAGUCCACACGGGGGAAAAGCCGUUCCCGUGCCCGUUCCACGGAUGCGAGAAAGUUUUCGCGAGGUCAGAAAACCUCAAGAUCCACAAGAGAACGCACACAGGUGAAAAGCCUUUCAAGUGCGAGUUUGAAGGCUGCAACCGCAGAUUCGCCAACAGCAGCGACCGGAAGAAGCACUCCCACGUGCACUCCAGCGACAAGCCGUACACGUGCAAGGUGAGGGGGUGCGAGAAGUGCUACACGCACCCCAGCUCGCUCCGCAAGCACAUGAAGCUCCACUGCAAGGGCCACGCGGCGGCCGGCGACAGGGGCGUCGACGCAGAGCGCGCGGCCGAGGCCCGCGCGUCCGAGGUAACGGAUUACCGCAGCGCCUCCUCGUCCAAAGCCGCGCCCUCGCGAGACUGCCCGUCGCCCGAGGCUCGAGGCGACGCCGCGCGCGCGCCGGGCUUCCACGCGCUCGACGGCGCGCUCGGAAUCCCCGCCCAGAGGUCGGCGCCGCUGCUGGAGCCGUUGCUGUUGCAGAGGGCCGACUUUAGGGCCGACUCGGCUCAGUACGCUAGCGGCCACCCGGGCCACACCUUCGUCCAGAAUCACAGAACCUUCCAUAGCGGCGCGCCCUCUUUCCAAAAGAGUCUCGUGAACGGAUGGUACACGUGCCAUAACGGCUCGGCGUCCGGCGCGUCCCCCGUGUGAACACACACUCGCCGCGGGCGAGCACGCGGAGCGUGGCGCCCGCGGUGGUCCGUCCGUGCCGUCCGUCAGCGGGACUCGGUGCGAGAAGCCGGAGGAGAAACGGAGGUUUAUGGCAUGAUUGAUAGCCGCCGGCCCAUCCUCGAGCCGCCUCACGUGACUGGACUGGCUGGGCGCGCGGUCGUGCCGCCGGAGACCGACACGCAGCCCUCAUCGGGCGCGCAACACUCUGCUCCUUACCUGCAGUGGGCUCCGUGACUUGUGACAGCUCGUGAUCGGGUGUUCACCCCCACACCCCACUCCCACGCACCCUCUCGUUUGGCUUCCUAAGUUUGUGGCAUUAGUACAUGGCGGCGGGUCCCACUCGCAGCCUAAGUUCGUGUUGUGAUGAAGACGCAUCAUCCUCGCUGUCAUACCUUUUUAUUACCUUUUAUACCUGUAUGUGUUUAAACGUGUUUGUGGAAAGGUGGCGAGGGCCACGAGGCGUCCUUGGUUACGCACGUGAGGGCUGGCUGCGCUUGGACCCUGUAAAGAAGGAGGCAGCAGCAGCAUCCUGUUUUAAAUUAAUGUCAACGUUGACAAAACCUCCUGCCUAACAUCGUUAAAAACGGGUCGUCUAAUUUUUGUUUGGUUUUUGUUUUCUUUUUAAAGCAAGAACAUACAUGUAGUGAAGUGUAACAUGUAAGUGGUGGAAAAGACUGAAAAUGUAAA